AUGAGCAACCACGAUGCACCCAAGAAUAAGUUGGAGGAUAAAGUGGCGAUCAUCACCGGCGGUGCAAGCGGCAUAGGGGAGGAAACAGCUCGCCUAUUCGCCGUAAGCGGCGUACGUGCGGUGGUGAUAGCCGACAUCCAAGAAGAAAAGGGUCAACAAAUUCACGGCCGGCUAGACAUCAUGUUCAGCAACGCCGGAGUUCUCAGUUCUUGCCAGCAAGACAUCCUAGACUUCAACCUCGACGCCUCUGACCAACUUUUCGCAAUAAACGUACGAGGCAUGGCGGCGUGUGUGAAGCAGGCUGCGCGUGCGAUGGUGGAGGGUGGUGUUAGAGGGAGCAUAGUCGAUCGGGGGGACGUGAACAUCGACUACGUGAUGUCUAAGCAUGCCGUGCUUGGGUUGAUGAGGUCGGCGAGUGUAGGGUUGGGCGUGUAUGGGAUGAGAGUGAAUUCUGUGUCACCGGCGGCGGUGGAAACGCCGCUGACUUGUAAGGAGUAUCAGAUGAGUGCGGAGGAGGUGGAGAAAACUUUGGAGUCGGCCAAUGUGUUGAAGGGUGGAGUGUUGAAGGUAAAACAUGUGGGUGAUGCUGUGUUGUUUCUUGCUUCUAAGGACUCAGAGUUCAUCACCGGCCAUAACUUGGUGGUGGACGGGGGAUUUAAGGCUUAA